AUGUAUGCUACUCUUCAGACCUAUAGCACUCCGGACAUUAGCCUGCAUUCCGGACCUCUUUUCAGUGCAGCGAGCAACGUUCUAUCACAGACAGCAGGCUCAAUUAACAUGUUUCCCCAAGGCAACAGACACGAUGGAAACUUCCAUUCGCAACAGGCGCAAUGGGCACAGUACCAGCGCUCGCUGUCGAGUACGCCAGAGGACCCGUAUCAGCGGAGAACGCAGGAAUCGUCCUUGACGCCUCCGGCAGGAUACGCGUCCUUGCCUUCACAGCAGGCUAUGUUCUCGAAUACGUCUUAUCCGAUAGGUAUGCAGCAGCCGAUGCAAGUACCGCCUUCUCAGGCAUUUUAUCCUACGUCAAGUCCAUAUGGAUUCAAUCAACCAAACUAUGACUUUCCACAAACGACAUUCGUAUCAUCUAAUACAUAUCCCACAACAGCGGGUACCAACAUGGGGGUCCCAAUCCGAACUCCUCCCUACGUGGAGAGCAGGAACCACAGCCCUCACAACAGCAGCAGCCACAGCCACACCGGCAGCCUCGUCACAUCAGAGCCUGAAAGUCAAGUCCGAGUACUCGAAUCGCGACCCAAACCGCAAUGCUGGGAUCAUGGCUGCAAUGGUCGCGAAUUCUCGACAUUCAGUAAUCUGUUAAGACAUCAGCGAGAGCGGUCCGGCGCAGCUGCGAAGUCGGAAUGUCCGCAUUGUGGCGCGGUGUUUACGAGGUCGACGGCGAGGAAUACGCAUAUUGCGCAAGGCAAAUGUAAGGGGAUUCGCGAGUCGACAGAAUAA